CUACAAAACAUUGACAUAAACGGUACUCUUGCUGGACAGGACCGCUGGACGCAAACUAAACCAAUCAUGAACUUUAUCAUCAUAUUAUCUUCGCAUUCUAAGGCUGAGAUUAGCUAGGCAAGGUUGACCAAAGAGGUUUGAAAAUUUCAUGCAGUAAGAGAGUGUGGACUUGAAGUGCAAGCUGUAGGGAUAUGGCUUUCAGGGUAGCCACACCAAGGAGCUGCUGGGACAACGGAAAAAGUGUAGGACCCACAUCCGGCUUCCAUAACUUUGCUCACGCCAUUGCACAACCAAUUCCAUUGGACAUCAUCAUCUUCGGCAAUCCCAUAGCGCCAAUAAAGGCCCAGUCUGCAAAUCAGGAAAUGAUUGAAGGGAACAUUGCUUACAGAUUCCAAGAUAUCACUUUCUUCAAUGGGUCUAUGGGUCGUCCCUAAAAAGAAGCUUCAUCCUCUAACAACUUCCUUAACAUGACAAUUAAUUUUGAACACGCUGAAAGUACCAUUACAUAACCUUUUCAAAUUGCUAAAGCAGGUUACUCGUCACAAGAGUUACUCCAAAGCUAUUGCCAAUGAAUCGCAGGUUACUCGUCACAAGAGGGGGGAUACGAAAUGGACCAAAGGCAUUGAAACCUCAACCUCUGAUAAUCCGCUGCACGUAAGUACUUUCAAUA